ACGCGAGCCAGAUUCGUUGGCUUUAAAGUGCCCCGAGGCGCACAUGGUACUUCCUGUUGGGAAGAAUGGAAAGCUUCCAGCUCGAGCCGGAGCCUAUGCGAUUCCCUGCGCGCCGCCUCUUACUCGCUGCUCCGCUAAUGAUGGACUGAUCGCGCUCUCGCCGGGCAGACGCUGCUAAUAUGCUUCGGGAUUAAAUGGUUCCUUCACGUCGUCAGCGCUACUCGGCUUGUACCGCAGUUUCACUUUUCGGAGAAGAACAGCCUCUUCGGAAGCCAAGCGCAGCCCCUUUCUUGUUCGGGCCCUCCGAGUGAGAUCGCGGACUACCCCCCCGCCACCCCUCAUUCCCCCCCCCCCCCACUCCCCCCUUCCCACCCGCCCGCUGACAGUAAAACUAUUCAACAAGUUGCGUUUGGAUGUGCAUUUGUCAUGCAGAGGCUACUGGAACGGGCUUUUGUGCUUUUCUUCUGCUACACAGUCUUCAGGGUUUUCUUCGCCGCUUCUCUGCCCACUUUGACAGAAGAUCAUGUUGGAUCACUGCAGGACAAUGAGUUUGAAAAUGUCAUUCAUGUACGAAGACGAAGAGAAUCUGGGGAUCCAUACUGGGCUUAUUCAGGAAUCUAUGGACCAGAAAAUUGGGUCGCAUCUUACAUGAACUGUUCUGGCAUCAAGCAGUCCCCAAUUGAUAUUGUAGAUCUGAAGAGUCAUGAAAAGGAUAUCUUGCAGCAAAUCAAUCUUGAGGGAUUUGAGAUUGAGUCCUCGAAUAGGACUUGUAUGAAAAACACUGGAAAGACAAUUGCUGUUCUGCUGAAGGAUGAUUAUUUUGUCAGCGGAGCUGAUCUUCCAGGCAGGCUUAAAGCAGAAAAACUAGAAUUUCACUGGGGUCAGAAUAGAGGUUUUCCAGGUUCGGAGCACAGUCUUGAUGGAAAAAGAUAUCCUGUUGAGAUGCAGAUUUAUCUUUCAAGUCCUGGCACUGAUAAUAUUGACUUGGCAUCAAGAAGAAAUGGUAUUAGAGGAGCAAUGGCUAUAUUCCUUCAGGCUACCAUCCAGGACAACCUCGCACUGGUUCCUAUUAUCAGUGGGCUAAAGGGAGUCGUGCAUCAUGAGAAAGAAACUUUUCUAGAUCCCUUUGUAUUGGGAAAUUUACUUCCUGCCUCACUUGGAAGCUAUUACAGAUACUCCGGCUCCCUAACAACACCACCAUGCAGUGAAACAGUAGAAUGGAUAGUCUUCAGCAGGCCUAUCUCCAUCUCCCUUGAGCAGCUGGAUGCUUUUUACUCCAUAUUUACCACUGAACAGCAAGACCAUGUCAAAUCAGUGGAGUACUUGAGGAACAACUUCCGACCACAACAGAAACUGAAUGACAGGGUGGUUUACAAGUCUGCGGUCAAAGAGUCAUGGAGUCAGGCAACUGACUACCCAGGGGUUCUACACAAUACAGAAGUAUGCAGCAGUCCACCAGUAAAUAUGACUGUGCAGCCAGUGAACAGGACCGCUUUACUUGUCACAUGGAACAGGCCAGAAACCAUCUACCACCCUCCCAUAAUGAACUAUUUGAUCUCCUAUAGUUGGACAAAAGACGAGGGGGAGAAAGAGCAAGCUUUCACCAAAAAGAAUGAUCAAAACUUGGAAGCAGUUAUCAAUCAUGUCUCUCUGGAUAAACUCUACCUGUUUCGUGUUCAAGCUGUGUGUCAGAAUGAUCUGCGAAGUGAUUUUAGCCAGACAAUGCUGUUCCAAGCUAACACAACUAGAAUAUUUGAAGGAACUAGGAUUAUAAAAACAAGAAUGCCGACAGCCUCUCCUGCUUCUUCAGCUGAUAUGGCACCAAUCAGUUCCGGGUCAUCUACUUGGACUUCUUCUGGUCUUGGUUUGCCCUUUGUUUCCAUAGCAACUGGCAUUGGUCCUUCAUCCAGUGGAAGCCAGACUACUGUGGCAUCUGUAGUAACAAGCACUUUGCUCGCAAGCCUUGGGUUUGGUGGUGGUGGAGUUCCUUCCUUUCCAAGUACUGUGUGGCCUACACGCCUUCCCUCUUUGGUUUCAACUACUAAACAUCAAGUCAAACCUGUUAUUUCAACAACUGAAGCAUUGUCAUCCCCAGGCUCAGAUGGUGGUUCUGCUGUUAAUAAAACUGGUGAUGCAGAAGGUGAAGAUGAAAAGAAGGAAAAUGAAGAUGAAAAAGGAGAAGGAGAAGAAGGAGAUGAAGAGGAAAAUGAAGAGGGAAGCAGUUUAAGGAAAGAUGUUGAAGAGAAGCAAGAGAAUGCUAUGACCACAACUACUACUAAGACACAAAAUAAAACUGAAUCAGAGAUAUCAUUGAGAGAUCCAAGUAGUCCAGGUGAAGAAACUAUGAACUCAACCAGUGGACAAGACCAUCCAAACACAACUAUGAGUCAAACAAAUGUGACUUUCCAUCAGACAACAGUUGAAUUUUUACAAACAUCCUCUGAUAUUGCAACCACAGAGAACCUUCUACUUAAAAUUCCAUUCAAGCCAACACUUCCUCCAAAGAGAUGGAAUGAUGUAGCAGGCGCGUCUGCUGAGAACACAUUUGUUAUGGUAGAUCCAGAAGACAGAUCAUCUUCAAGUAUGGCCACACAAUCAUACUCACCCUCCGGCAAGAUGGAAUGGAUUAUUCCAUUGGUGGUUGUCUCAGCUUUGACUUUUGUCUGUUUGAUUCUUCUCAUAGGCGUGCUUGUUUACUGGAGGAUGACCAAUUUGUGCUCGUUACUUUGCAUCAAGUACAGAAAAUGUUUUCAGACAGCACACUUCUAUGUGGAGGACAGCAGUUCACCACGAGUGGUUCCUAAUGAAAGCAUUCCCAUUAUCCCAAUUCCAGAUGAUAUGGAGGCCAUUCCAGUCAAGCAGUUUGUAAAGCACAUAAAUGAACUAUAUACCAAUAACCAACAUGGAUUCUCUGAGGAAUUUGAGGAAGUGCAACGCUGUACAGCUGAUAUGAACAUCACAUCAGAACAUUCCAACCAUCCAGAUAACAAGUACAAGAACCGAUACAUCAACAUUGUAGCAUAUGAUCACAGCAGAGUUAAAUUAAGACCAAUACCAGGAAAAGAUUCAAAGCAUAGUGACUACAUCAAUGCCAAUUAUGUUGAUGGUUACAACAAGUCAAAAGCCUACAUAGCUACACAGGGACCUCUUAAGCCUACAUUUGAAGAUUUUUGGAGAAUGAUCUGGGAACAGAACACAGGAAUCAUUGUUAUGAUUACAAAUUUAGUGGAGAAAGGGCGACGAAAAUGUGAUCAAUACUGGCCAAGUGAGAACAAUGAAGAGUAUGGUAACAUUAUUGUCACUUUGAAGAGCACAAAAGUACGGGCAUGUUGCACUGUACGCCGCUUCAUCAUUAGGAACACAAAAGUUAAAAAGGGACAAAAAGGAAACCCGAAGGGACGUCAGAAUGAGCGAAUGGUUAUCCAGUACCACUAUACACAGUGGCCUGACAUGGGGGUACCAGAAUAUGCCCUUCCUGUACUCACCUUCGUGAGAAAGUCAUCUGCAGCUCAGAUACCAGACAUGGGACCGGUAGUGGUUCAUUGCAGUGCUGGUGUUGGCAGAACUGGAACAUACAUUGUGCUUGAUAGCAUGUUGAAACAAAUAAAAGAUAAAAACACAGUUAAUGUCCUUGGCUUUCUCAAACACAUCAGGACUCAGAGGAACUACCUAGUCCAAACAGAGGAACAGUACAUUUUCAUCCAUGAAGCCUUGCGGGAAGCAAUACAUGGGAAGGAGACAGAAGUACCGGCCGCUCAGUUACAUAGUUAUGUCAACAACAUUUUAAUUCCAGGAAUAUCUGGGAAGAUGAGGCUGGAGAAACAGUUUAAGUUGGUAACUCAGUGUAAUGCAAAAUUUAUAGAGUGCUUCAGUGCCCAAAAAGAAUGCAAUAAAGAGAAGAACAGAAACUCCUCAGUUGUGCCAUCUGAACGAGCUCGGGUAGGCCUUGCCCCAUUGCCUGGAACAAAAGGAACUGAUUAUAUUAAUGCCUCCUACAUCAUGGGCUAUUACAGAAGUAAUGAAUUUAUUAUUACCCAGCAUCCCUUGCCUCACACCACAAAGGACUUUUGGCGAAUGAUUUGGGACCAUAAUGCACAGAUUAUUGUCAUGUUACCAGACAACCAUGGACUAGCAGAAGAUGAAUCUGUGUACUGGCCAAGCCGUGAAGAAUCCAUGAAUUGUGAAGCCUUUACAGUAACUCUUAUUAGCAAAGACAUACUGUGCCUCUCUAAUGAAGAGCAAGUUAUCAUCCAUGAUUUCAUCCUGGAAGCGACGCAGGAUGAUUAUGUUCUAGAGGUACGUCACUUUCAGUGUCCAAAAUGGCCAAAUCCAGAUGCUCCCCUCAGCAGCACCUUUGAACUUAUAAAUGUACUAAAAGAAGAGGCCUCGACCAGAGACGGACCAACCAUCGUUCAUGAUGAGUUUGGAGGGGUCUCUGCUGGGCUGUUCUGCGGCCUUACGACUCUGUCACAGCAAUUGGAGUGUGAAUCUGCUGUGGAUGUCUAUCAGGUUGCAAAAAUGAUAAACCUGAUGCGGCCAGGUGUUUUCACAGAUAUCGAGCAGUAUCAGUUUCUAUAUAAAGCAAUGCUCAGCUUAAUCAGCACAAAAGAGAAUGGAAAUGGACCCUCGUCAUUUGACAAAAAUGGCACCAUUAUUAUCACUGAAGAAUCAGAUCCAGCAGAAAGCAUGGAAUCUCUUGUGUAAUUUGAAUAUUUUCACAAUUGGAACUUCAUUUGAAAAACAAACUUCUAAGGACUGAAUGAACUUCUGAGGCCUUUUUUUGUCAGGUUGCAACUUUUAAGACAACCUGGCUAAACAUUUUACAGUGAUGAGAGUUUUUGAUGUUAAUUUGAACCAUUCUGAAUAUUCUUGUUAUCCUGCUGAGUAUUUGCAUCUCUUAUUUUCCCAAGAUGAAAACACAAUUUGUUUUAGUUUGCACUAUCUAAUCAGUGUUACUGCCGAUUUAAAAUCUAGUACAAAAUCUGUAAUUUCCCAGAAAUCCAUGAAAAAAUUCUGUCUGUAGUCCUCUACAACUUGAACUUCAUAGGAAGACACAGCCUGUGUCUGGAGACAGUUUUAAGGUAACGUGCAAAGAAAAGCAUUCUACAUUUUCAUCAUUUUUCAGCACAAAUUGUUUUUGUACAAACUGAAAUAUAUUAUUGAAUUCACUUUUAAGUAAUACAUAAUUUGAACCUGGCAAGUCCUGUAAAAUAUCAGAUGUAACCUCUUACAUUCUAGUGAUCAGACUACAAACAUUCAAAAAAGAAAAUUCUUACCACAAAAUAUUUUAGUACUGGUCAGGUGUAUGGUUAGAGCUAAUAAUUUAUCAUUUCCUUGACGCUUUAUAUAUUUGUGCUGAUCCAGGCUGUAACUGAAAUGUGUGGAGAAAAUGUUCAUUUUUCAUGUGGUCGAAAAGAUAUAAAUAUCUCAGUAAGGGCAAGAGUCAUCAUGCCUGCAAGAAUGUGGAACAUGAGUAACUGUUUUUGCAGGAUUGAAAUGAACAUACAGGAGACACAGGUCCAAAUAGUGGAAAGGGAUAUGUGCACCAGUUUUUCUUGCACGUAGCCAGCCAGCGGACACAGAAUGUAAUAUUCAUUAUAAAGAACAGGUGACAGCUAUUUGGGGUGCAAGCAAUUGCUUGAAAUGACCUGACUCACUGUCAGGCGAUUGAAAUGCAGCUCUGAUAUAACAAGGUGUAGAGCUGGAUGAACACAGCAGGACAAGCAACAUCAGAGGAGCAGGAAAGCUGACGUUUCGGGCUUAGACAGGGUCAGGUCUCAGAUUCUCCAGCAUCUGCAGUUCCUACUACUAUCUCUGAAAUGCAGCUCUGCCUGGCUUCAGGAUUUGCAGGCAGGGCAUGCAGCUCAGCGGGGAAUAAAGUUACAAAUUUGGAAGGACGUUGUCUGAAGCCAAGCUCUUCAUUCCACUUUGCUUCUCUCUUCUAUCCCCAUCUUAUAUCCCAACUAUUUAUACCCUCAUUAUUCUAAACCAUCUUUUGGGGACACCCAUCACUUGUUGUCUUCACUACCCGCCCCCGCUUCUCAUACCUCCCUCCCACAGAGGAACCUCCUCCUGGAUGCCCCCUCACAGUGCUCCUCCACUUUUCCCUUGCUGUUGUUGGCACUUCAGGGCCAUGAACAUAAUCCUUUCUCUCUCAUCAUUUCCUUACCAUUUAAAAACUGCUGUCCAUCUUUAAUCUGAAUGUACAACCUCGUCUGAUGCACACCACCUUUAACCAGUGCAGAUGGAACAAGUUUUCCAUUCACUACUGACUAAAUCUUGGAGGUCUGACUUAAUUUGGGCAAAUGUUGAUUUAAUGGCAUGCAAAUAUAAGUAAAAGGGUACCUGCCACUAGACACCAUGAGUUCCUAUCCACCACUGAAACACUGUCAACUUAAUUUCUUAAACUCAACCCGUUAUUGCAAAUACAAGAUUUUGACUCCAGCCUGCUUGAGCCAUUCCUCCUGCCAUGAUUUCCAUUGCUGGUGACCCCAUCAAGUCCACUCCUCGGAUUCAAUUUUCUUUUUGCAGGAGGUGUAGAGAAAAGAAGAAUGAUACACAACCAACUGUGCAAAAAUGUGUAAGUAUAAAAUGAGGGUGCAUUUGAUAGCAAUGUUACACUAUGGAUAAAUAUUGUGUGAGGUACACCAAUAAUGUUGCAUUUUUGCCAUAUCAAUGAUUAGUCUUUUGGAAAGAUUACAUGAUUUGAAACAUUUUUUAAAAUAACAGUUGAGAAAAAUUUAUUAACUUACCAAAGAUAUAAAGUAGUUCUCAGCAGAAAGUAGGAAUGUUUCUUUUAAAACAACACUGUUUUAAUUGUCUUAUUAUUUCUAAACUGCCUCUUUGGACCAGGGUCAGACUUUUAAUUUAGAAAUUCAAGAAGUGACUCAAUAAGGUGAAUGUUAAUGUUAUCAAGGUGCCAGUUCAUAUUUCAUUUCAUGAAAGGAUGAUUCCACAUAUUGAAUAAACCAUUCAUAUAGACGUUAUACCUUAAUUAUAAUUUAAAAUUGUAUGCUUUCUCUUUUUAAAGGGUUUACCAUAUUUGUAUCUAAAAAUCACGUGUGAUAUUCAGUUAAUUAUCUGCAGAUGAGGUUAUGUUCUCAGUGGGAAGAGCAUAGUAGUGAUUGACUGAAAAUGCUGUCAGACUUCUCUCUGCUGUAACAUCUUUAAAAAAUAUACUGCUACCUGGAAGUGAAAACAGAAGUUUCAAAAUUUUUGUUAAAAAAAAAAAUAUUUUCACAAAGUGGGAGACAUUUUCUAUACUAGAUAAACAUUUGAUGAGGCAAACAUGAAACAAACUUUUAGGAAAUUAAAAAGCUUGAGCUGUUUUCAGGAAAAAAAAUAGUUUAAAAAAGAAAAAAAAACCUUUUCUCAACAAAGGGGAGAUAUUUGAAUUUUUUAAAAACCUCAUGUUUCUCCAACAUUUGGGGUCGUCAUGUUCAAAAGAAUUUUGUUUCAACAUUUUAGACAAAAAUAAAGAUAGUUAAAAUAUCAUGUCUUGAAAACCAUAACUUUUAUUCAUUCUUUAGGGUAGCAGAUGCAAACAAACUGUAAAUAUUUUGUUGCUUAAACAGGCAUUCUAGGGGGACUUUGUAUCUACAAUAUAUAAUCACAGAAUUUUAUAUUUUCAUAUAAAGCUAAUUUUUUUCUAGUUUCAACUCCUUCAUAGUUUUGUGGUGGCUAUGUGGAAAGUUGUAUUUGCAUUGAGAUAGUACCAUGAAUACUGUGUCAUCACAUUUCAAAGGCAUUGAAUCUAUAUUACUUCUUGGGGGCAGUGGUUGUCGAAGUUGCAGGUAUUUUCAACUAUAUUGUCGAUGUAUGCAAUAGGAAUAGAUCUAGGCAGUUGCUGAAUAAGUUUGUCUCAUGAUCCAUUUGAAAAUGUGGUGUUCUGUAACUUGAAAAAAAUCCUCUUUGUUCUGUUGGAAACUAUAUUAAAUUGUUCUAUUAUAGUGUUAUUUAAUAUGUAAAUUGUAUUGCUACACAUGAAAUAAAGUAUGAAUUUUGACGGA